GAGUGAGGUAAGGUACGGGAGGCUCAGGUCGCUACCCGGGGAUGGGAGGGCGCCUUCAGACAGGUACCGCUGGCGACUCGGGUGCCCUUACUGGGCAUCCUCCAGCAUUCUGGGCACCUGCCUACCCCUUGGUGAGGAGGCCGGCCACAGGCUGAGCGCGCUCCGGGCUGGGUACUCCUCAGUCAGUCCACGAGCAUCGCGUGGUAGACUUACACUUGGCUAGUCCUUCCCGCACUUCUGGGCGUGUCAUCAGGUGAAAUUUUAAUCCUGGGACAGAUGAAAGGUUGGAGGACGAUCGAGACUCUUGUAGUAGCCGGGUUAGGGUAGUGACCCCUGACCUCAGGUUAUCCGCCCGCGUUGGCCUCUCAAAGUGCUGAGAUUACAGCCGUGAGCCACCGCGCCCGGCCUGAAAUUUACAAUUUCUCAGUUAACAUGAGAAAACAAAAUUAUCUUCCUUUCCAAAUCCAAAAAGAUGAAAACGACUGAGAUACUUUCAAAAGACAACCAAGUGAGCACCAUAGACUAAUGAGUAGAAUCAAUAAGAACGUGGUUUUGGCCCUUUUAACGCUGACAAGUUCUGCAUUUCUGCUGUUUCAGUUGUACUACUACAAGCACUAUUUAUCAACAAAGAAUGGAGCUGGUUUGUCAAAAUCCAAAGGAAGCCGAAUUGGAUUUGAUAGCACACAGUGGCGUGCAGUUAAAAAAUUUAUUAUGUUAACAUCCAACCAAAAUGUACCAGUGUUUCUUAUUGAUCCUUUGAUACUGGAAUUGAUUAAUAAGAACUUUGAACAAGUCAAAAAUACUUCUCAUGGCUCUACUACACAAUGCAAGUUUUUCUGUGUUCCAAGAGACUUUACUACAUUUGCGCUGCAGUAUCACCUAUGGAAGAAUGAGGAAGGCUGGUUUCGGAUAGCUGAGAAUAUGGGAUUUCAGUGCCUAAAGAUUGAGAGUAAAGAUCCCCGGCUAGACGGGAUAGACUCACUUUCUGGAACUGAAAUCCCCCUGCACUAUAUCUGCAAACUGGCCACUCAUGCGAUCCACUUGGUAGUCUUUCAUGAGAGGAGUGGCAACUACCUCUGGCACGGCCACUUGAGACUUAAAGAACACAUUGACAGGAAAUUUGUUCCCUUCCGAAAGUUACAGUUUGGUCGUUAUCCAGGAGCUUUUGACAGGCCAGAGUUACAGCAAGUUACUGUUGAUGGACUGGAAGUUCUCAUUCCAAAGGAUCCAAUGCACUUUGUAGAAGAAGUACCACACUCUAGGUUUAUUGAGUGUAGGUAUAAAGAAGCUCGAGCAUUCUUUCAGCAGUACCUUGAUGAUAACACUGUGGAAGCUGUGGCCUUUCGGAAGAGUGCAAAGGAAUUACUGCAACUAGCAGCGAAAACAUUAAACAAAUUGGGAGUACCAUUCUGGCUGAGCAGUGGAACUUGUCUAGGAUGGUAUCGACAAUGCAACAUUAUUCCUUAUAGCAAAGAUGUUGACCUAGGAAUUUUUAUACAAGAUUACAAAUCUGAUAUUAUUUUAGCAUUUCAGGAUGCAGGACUUCCGCUCAAACACAAAUUUGGGAAGGUAGAAGACAGCUUGGAACUAUCCUUCCAGGGAAAAGAUGAUGUAAAACUUGACGUUUUUUUCUUCUAUGAAGAAACUGAUCACAUGUGGAAUGGAGGCACUCAGGCCAAAACCGGAAAAAAAUUCAAAUACCUGUUUCCGAAGUUUACACUGUGCUGGACUGAGUUUGUAGACAUGAAGGUCCAUGUACCCUGUGAAACCCUCGAAUACAUUGAAGCCAACUAUGGUAAGACCUGGAAGAUUCCUGUAAAGACGUGGGACUGGAAGCGCUCUCCUCCCAAUGUGCAACCCAAUGGAAUCUGGCCUAUUUCUGAGUGGGAUGAGGUUAUCCAGUUAUAUUGAGAUAGUAGGUUGAAAUGGGAGAAUUUCUCUUUUGGAAAAAAAGGUAGAUAACUGUUUAAAAAAUACAUGUCUAUUUGUCAAACAUAAGUGGGAACCAAAGAAAAAAUGUGACAAGUUUGAAGACACAGAAAGAGUCAUCUGAUGUAAUUCUCUCACUUAGCACUAAGGAAUUUUCAUGUGCCACAUACAAUGCUAGGUUACAGUGGAGAAGCCUAGAUGAAUGAGACAAAUACCUACUUCUUUUAUUCCUCCUUUUGGUAAACAACUCAAUUUUCCUUUGAGGGAACCCUCCCCCACCCUUUGAAGAGUUCAAGUUCUGUACAGGUUUUUAAAACGUGAAGUAAUGUUUGAACUGGAAGAUGAGCUCACCAGGCAAAGCUAAGGAAGGAUAUACUAGUUGAAAAGAAUAACCCACUCCUCUUCUGGGCAUUUAAGCUGGUAUGUUAGUGCUACUUUUAAGAUUGUGGAGUCUGAGUUAAUAUUCAAGUGAUCAGACUUUGAGUGGCAUCAAGAAAAGAUGAUAUCAGGUUCAUUUUUCAACUAAUCUUAUGUGGAAUUGAAUUAGAGAACAAGGCAUUAUUCUUUUAGGGAAGGUGAGAGCUUAUUUGUAUCAGAGCUUAUUACUUGUCAGGAUAAGUAAAUUUCUGUACAUGUACUGUUUUCAUAUUUGAAGUGGGAAGAAACUUUAUGCUUGUUUAAUGCUUAAAUUUCCAUCCAUUGUGAGAAUAUUUUCACUGACCUCUGAUGGCACUUGUUGACAAAUCAUUCAAGUGAGACCAUGUUACUAGACAUGAUCUUGAAAGAGGCCAUGAUUUCACAAAACUCAUUUUUAUUUUAUUCUCAGACAGUCUGUUAGGUAAAAAUAUGAGAAAUUCAUGUACAUUUUAUAUUUUCUGAAUUUAUAAUCUGUGCACUCCCAAUUUUAAUGACACUAAAAUAUUAAUAGAAUUUUUUAAAUAUACUCUAAUUUUUAAAACAUACUCUUUAUUAUCUUCAUUUAUCAAUUACAGCUUCGUAUCUCUAAUUUAUGGUCUAUAUACCAAUUUAAAUGGCAUGUAAACCUGCCUGUUUCUUCUCCUCUUCUAAUAUAUAUCAGAUCUCCAAAAUGGAAGCUAAAUGGUGGACUUGACAACUAUUCACCCUACCUCAGAUCAUAGAGUUUGUAAAGUUUGUGUCCCUCCCCAGUUUUUCAGUCUGUUGAAUGUCGAUGGGGCAAGAACUCAGACUUCUACUUUAUCAAGUACCACACACUCUGGAAUGCUUUAGUUUCCUUUUCCCCUCAAGAUGUCUGAGUCAGCUGGGAUGCUGUUUACCCCAUCUCUCUCUUAUAUCACUUGAAUGAUAUAUUGUAAGUGAGAGGUAAGGAAAAUGUAGGCACAAUAAGCACUGCUAUUUUUCUCUUUGUCUAGGAAAGGAAGCUGAAUCUUAUAUCUUAUCUAUGCUAUUUAGGACUACUUUCUGGAGCUUGGCAGAUUUUCCUCUGACACCAGAGAACAAUAGUAGUCUCAAGAAUGGAAACCUGAAUGUCUGAGGGAAUGGGCUCGUAGACUUUUUCGAAAACAAAUUAGAGAAAGUAACUUACAACCACCCAUUCCGGAUUUUUAAAGCAACAUGAAAACCUUUGAUAAAUGAUAACCAACAGUCUUCUGUCCUAAUUUGCAUUCUCAAUGCAGAAUUAUUGGGUCUUUCAUAAAUAACAUGAGUGGUUUCUGGAGACAUUUAAGAUUGUCAGCAAACUUGUCCCAAAAUGGCACAUCAUCAUAAUCCAUUUUCUCUUUGCUAGAAAAUCAGCCCAUAGAGUGCAUUCCCAAAUUCUAAAUAGCUGACCCUAAAUUCAUUUUUCAUGCUUAAAAAUAAUAGAACAAAUAAUAAUACUAUUUUUGGGCAAAAUCCACCCUACUUGAUGAGGACCAUUUGCUUGUGCUCAGUAUUUAGAAAUGCAUACACUCCACAUUUCUCCCCAUUUCCAAUUGGGACUCCCAUUCUUUGCCAGGAGAUCUUACCCAUCCCUUUUCAGAUUAAUCUUUUAUCCUUUCCUGAAGUACAAAGUCUUAAGAGUGUCUGAAAUCCAAGACAUCUUGGCCCAAUUGACACAGGUUCUAUAUUCUUCCCUACGUAGACCACUGGCUGCUGAAAUACUUUUCUUGUCUUCUGGUUUCACAGGCUUCAGCUCAUGGGUUCCACCCUAACUUGGGGAAACAAAAGCCUUCUCUAGAAUCUGAAGGCCAGGCUUACCUCUGAUUCUGAUUCAUCCAUACUUCAUCUUAUGUAUUUUGACAGUUGGGUUCUGUGGAGUGUCCAGAGACCUUGGGUUAGGUAUAUCCAUCUUCAGUACCUCAUUGGAUCACUUUUCUUUCAUCACUUGAGUAUUCUAGCAGUCAUUCUCCUAAUCUGACCACUUUCAGGUUUAGUUUACCUGGCUUACCUGGGGAAGUUGACAACUUGUUGGUAGUUAGGCACCCAUGAAUGUCUCCAGAGACAUCCUGAGAGGCAAGAUUCCUCUUAAUUGAUAACCAGGACAACCAGGUAGUCACCCAGUCCUCUCUAAGCAGGGAGCACUUGUCCUUCUCUCCUCUGCUGCAGCUACUGAUAUCUGGCCCCUGGAAUAAAACCAUAGUUCCUAAAAUUGAGCAUCCCUAAGAGUAGCUGCUUGGUGGGACAGCUGAUUUGAUUCCCUAGCUGCAAAACCUGAAAUUGACCACUAGGUGACAGAAUGUUUGCCAGUAUCCUCCCAAAACAAGUUAAAACUUAAGUGAAAAUCAUUCCGCUUUUGAAUCUUAAAAGCUAGAAGAAACCAUAAUGUAAUAUUCUUUUUAAACCCUCUUAUUUUAUAACUAAAUAAAUAAUCACAGAAAAGAAUGAUCUGAACAAGAACAGCUGAGGCUAAAACCCAAGACUGCCGUGACUCCUAGUCCAAUGUCUGUUUCACAUCACAACACAGUAUCUUUAACAGCGCUUGAGAUGCUUAACAGAGAAGGCAUCCAGUGUUUCAGUGAGGCUAAGUCUCAGGAUGUUUCUGCCGCUUAGUAUCUUUUUGUUCAGAUUGAGAACCUAAGGCGACAGAGAGGUCAAGGGGAAGUAUUUUCUAGUUCAGAAUUCAGAAUUCUUAGGCAACCUUCAUACCUUUAUCUGGAAAAUGCCUUCUCUCCAGACAAUAAGAUAGUUCACAUCUGGAGACAUCAGCCUUUGGUACCUAAUUCUCUAAGCUCAAGAUGCAUCCCAUUGCCACUUUACCAUUCUAUUUCCCAAGGGAACCAUCAGCACCAACCUGCUAAAUGCCUGUAUUUGAAGUCUCUCCCCUUCCUGAAGUGACCUUUUAUGAGGCUCUUUCCUUCCUAAGGGACCUUUCCCUGGUAGUAGUGGUCUCAUUCACAAAAAAGAAUAAUAGAUGUAACUGGAGUCACUUUGCAGUUUUCAAGAUUUUUUUUUUUAUCUGCUUGGCUGGAAAGGAGACUAGAGUAUCUAGUUUUUAGUAUUUAAACUACUUUUAAUUAUUUAUAUUGAUAGUCUCUGAUAAAUGCAGGUAGUUAAGAAUAGAUUGUACUCAUUCCUUUUUAAGUUUGUGACCUCAAACCAUUGUUUUUAUUCUUACAUGACUACAGUACUUCAAAUGGCACAUAGAUAGGCAGGAUAUUACAUAGGUAAGCAGGAAUUUAUACAUUGGGUACCAGAGCUAAAUCUGGAAAACACAUUUGGAAUGAGCUUCCACACUUCAGUCUAAAAUCUCACCCAAACUUAUGGCUACAUAUUUUUCUAAGUUUUCCCCCUAGUUUCACCUUCUGGAAAGUGAACAGUUUUUAAAAUCCUAAAUGUUAUAAAUCCUUAGGAGAAAUAUUCCCUCAAAACCUAGUCAAGAAAGUGCCACAUUCCCACCUUCUAACAGGUAGUUAUUAGUUGUAAUAGCUUUAAUGCAUGGAAAAACUUCAGUUACUGACCAGUCAAGAGAAUUUCUCAAGAAAAAUCCCAGCAACGUUCCCUCUUUCCUCCUUGUCUUCCACUAUCAUUAAGACCUGGGCUAGAUCACCUCUAACAUCUCACUUAGGGAAGGCAAUGUGUUGCCAUAAAAAGACCACAAGCUUUUGAGUUAGGCCUGAAUUUGAAUUUCAGCUUAAUCAUGUGGGAUUUAUGGUGGGGGCCCUUUCAGUCUCAAUUUCCACAUUAGUGAACUGGGGAAAAGAUACAUACUUCUAAGGGUUUUUAGGGGGAUUAAAUGAAGUAUACAGUUCUUAGCCUCAGGCCUAGGAUUAAGUAAGUACUCAAGAAAUGUGCAAUUUUCUAGUUCCAUGUUUCUUUUCUAAUCUUCAAAUGGAAUUAUAGAAACCAUGGGUCAGAACAUAUUCCUUUACUCAAAAGAUUGCAUGACUGAAUUUGCUUAAGAAAAAAAAAAUUGUAUCAAGUCAUUAAAAAUUAAAUUAUAUGGUUUGUGAAUUCAGAGACAUUACCAGUUUGCCUCCUUCUCUCAAUAGAACUUGUAUUUUCAUUUUCUUGGUUAAGCAGUUGUCUCCUAAUAUUAUCCCAUAUGCUACCUAGUUUGCUGGUCCCAAGCAGUUUACUGUACUUCACUAGAUUUGGUACCUGCUCUCCCCUCGACUUCUUUUUCAAUAUUCUAGCCUUUCCUAGAUGUAAAUCUUUACCUCCUUGUUAGUGAAAUUAGAUAUAAGCCAUGAUUUGGAGAGGGAAGAAAUCUGGAAUACUUAAUUUCAUUUAAUUAUCUAUGCUGAUGAAUGCCUGUAUCAUUGUUAAUAAAGGAGAAUUGAAAAUACUCA